CCACUGCAUGCCUAUCUUCCGGUAUUGCAACGGUUGUUUUGUUUCUGUAGUCAACCUUAGCUUGUUUGUUUUGGGCGUGAUAUUACACAGAUUUUGAAGUUUCUUCAAAUUCAAUUUAGAUGUAAAUGUGAGUCUUCAACAACAUGCUUCUUUUUUGUCCAACCUGCGGGAAUGUUUUGAUCGUUGAAGAAGGGCAGAAGUGCCUGAGGUUUGCUUGUAACACAUGUCCCUAUAUACAUAACGUCACCAGAAAGGUAAAUAACAGAAAGUACCCCAAGUUGAAGGAAGUGGAUGAUGUCCUGGGUGGAGCUGCUGCUUGGGAAAACGUGGAUUCGACUGCGGAAACCUGUCCAAAGUGUGAACAUCCACGGGCGUACUUCAUGCAGAUUCAGACACGAUCUGCAGACGAACCGAUGACCACUUUCUACAAAUGCUGCAAUGCCCAAUGUGGACACAGAUGGAGAGAUUAACGUGUCGACUGUAUUUCCUUUGUGGACAUAUUUUGCUUUCUGUUCAUUGUACCUGUACUUGAUAGUCCUCUAAUAUUUAAACACACAGUGCCUCCAAAAUGACAAUAAAGCGUCAGCAAAAACUG